AUGCCAGGAUCAGGAGCAGCAGACCCGAAGGCAGAAGAUUUCUCCACCGCCAUCCUGAAGCAGAAACACAGGCCCAACAGACUCGUGGUGGAUGAAAAUGUCAGUGACGACAGCAGCCUCGUCAGCCUGUCACAGAACAAGAUGGAGGAGCUGCAGCUCUUUAGGGGGGACACAGUGGUGUUGAAGGGGCGGAAACAACGUCAGACCGUGUGCAUCGUCCUGAGUGACGACACCUGUUCGGACGAACGGAUCCGGCUGAAUCGUGUGACGCGCAGCAACCUGCGAGUCCGCCUCGGUGAUGUCAUCAGUAUCCAUGCCUGCAGUGACAUCAAGUAUGGAAAAAAAAUCCACGUCCUCCCGAUAGACGAUACCAUCGAGGGCCUGACUGGGAGCCUCUUCGAUGUUUUCCUCAAACCUUACUUCCUGGAAGCUUACCGGCCCGUACACAACGGUGACAUCUUCCUGGUGAGGGGCAGCAUGCGGGCGGUAGAGUUCAAGGUGGUGGAGACGGACCCCAGUCCUCACUGCAUCGUCGCCCCCGACACCGUCAUGUACUGUGAGGGAGAUCCAAUCAAAAGAGAGGACGAGGAGGAGAACCUCAAUGACAUCGGCUAUGACGACAUCGGGGGCUGUCGGAAGCAGCUGGCCCAGAUUAAAGAGAUGGUUGAACUUCCACUCAGGCACCCGGGUCUCUUCAAGGCAAUAGGAGUUAAGCCCCCCAGGGGCAUCCUGCUGUACGGCCCUGCAGGAACAGGGAAGACCCUGGUGGCCCGAGCCGUAGCCAAUGAAACUGGUGCCUUCUUCUUCCUCAUUAAUGGUCCUGAGAUCAUGAGCAAGCUGGCAGGAGAGUCCGAGAGCAACCUGAGAAAGGCGUUUGAGGAGGCAGAGAAAAAUGCUCCAGCCAUCAUCUUUAUUGAUGAGCUGGAUGCAAUCGCUCCCAAGAGAGAGAAGACCCAUGGCGAGGUGGAGAGGCGCAUAGUGUCCCAGCUGCUGACCCUGAUGGAUGGCCUGAAGCAAGGAGCUCACGUUGUUGUCAUGGCAGCAACAAACCGACCGAACAGCAUCGACCCUGCACUGAGACGCUUUGGCAGGUUCGACCGGGAAAUUGACAUCGGGAUUCCAGAUCCCACAGGCAGACUGGAGAUCCUGCAGAUUCAUACCAAGAAUAUGAAACUGUCUGAAGACAUCGACAUUGAGAAGAUCUCCAGAGAGACCCACGGACAUGUGGGCGCCGAUCUGGCAGCUCUGUGCUCAGAAGCUGCUCUGCAAGCCAUCCGCAAGAAGUUGACUCUCAUAGACCUGGAGGAUGAAUCCAUCGAUGCUGACCUGCUCAACUCACUGUCCGUCACCAUGGAUGACUUCCAGUGGGCGCUGAGUCAGAGCAACCCAUCGGCUCUGAGAGAGAUGGUUGCAGAGGUGCCUCAGGUCAACUGGGCGGACAUCGGAGGACUGGAAGAGGUCAAGAGAGAGCUACAGGAACUCGUUCAGUACCCAGUCGAGUAUCCGGACAAGUUCCUGAAGUUCGGGAUGACACCGUCUCGUGGUGUGUUGUUCUACGGUCCUCCGGGCUGCGGGAAAACCCUCCUGGCUAAGGCUAUUGCCAAUGAGUGCCAGGCAAACUUUAUCUCCAUAAAAGGCCCUGAGAUGCUCACCAUGUGGUUUGGAGAAUCAGAGGCCAAUGUCAGAGACGUUUUUGACAAGGCCAGACAGGCGGCCCCCUGCAUCUUGUUCUUUGACGAGUUAGACUCCAUUGCCAAAUCCAGAGGAGGCGGUGGUGGGGAUGCAAGCGGUGCCGCCGACAGAGUCAUCAAUCAGAUCCUCACAGAGAUGGACGGCAUGUCCGACAAAAAGAACGUUUUCAUCAUUGGUGCCACAAACAGACCGGACAUCAUAGACUCGGCCAUCCUGCGGCCGGGCCGUUUGGACCAGCUCAUCUAUAUCCCGCUCCCAGACAAGCCAUCUCGCUCGGCCAUCCUGAACGCCAACCUACGCAAAUCUCCUGUCGCACAAGAUGUGGAUCGGGCCUUCCUGUCCGACAUCACAGAGGGCUUCUCUGGAGCUGACCUGACAGAGAUCUGCCAGCGAGCUUGCAAGCUGGCCAUCCGCGAGGCCAUCGAGGCCGAGAUCAAGGCGGAGCGUCAGAGGCAGGACAGACCAGGCAGCCCCAUGGAGGAGGACUUUGAUCCCGUCCCUGAGAUCAGAAAGGACCACUUUGAAGAGGCGAUGCGAUUUGCCCGUCGCUCUGUCAGUGACAAUGACAUCCGCAAGUAUGAGAUGUUUGCUCAAACUCUGCAACAGAGCCGAGGUUUCGGAAACUUCAGGUUCCCCUCUGCUACUGGUAAUCAGUCUGGAGAUCAGGGGUCAGGCUCCGGUUCAGGAAGGCCAAAUCUCUACAGGGAAGAAGGCGAUGAGGAUCUCUAUUAG